AUGAAGAAAGAACAGGAAACCGUCUUGGGAUCAACUAUUAGAGACCUACUACAUCAAGUGAAGGAGCAGGAAUACAACCAUAAUCUCCUAAACUCUGUCCUCACCUACAAAGACGAUUACAGAGCUUGGGACCUUCAUAAAAGUGAACUUUAUAAGCCAGAACAAACUUACCACCCCCCUACUGUGAAAUUUGGAAAUUCAACUACAUUUCAGGAUGACUUUGUUCCUCAGGAGAUAAAGCCUAGGCAAAGCUUUAAACCCUCCUCUGUGGUCAAACGUUCUACAGCCCCUUUUAAUGGUAUUACAAGUCAUCGCCUUGAUUAUAUACCUCAUCAGCUUGAACUCAAGUUUGAAAGGCCAAAAGAAGUUUACAAACCAACUGACCAACGCUUUGAGGAUCUCACAACUCACCGGUAUGACUUUCAGGGUCUUACUGGUGAAACUGCAAAAAUCUGCAGACCUGUACACACCAGAGUGACCCAGAAUGCUCGGUUUGAAGGAAGCACUGAAUUCCGUGAAAGUUUUCAACCAUGGGAAAUCCCACCACCUGAGGUCAAGAAAGUACCAGAGUAUGUGCCUCCUAAAGGGAGCAUGCUGUUAAACAGCACAAGCCAUCUUGACUAUGUUCCGUAUCAGGCCAACCGUGUUGUUCCCAUCAGGCCAGUUUCUCGUAGAAGAAGUAACAGUUUUCCUUUCCAAGGAAAAAGCACCAUGAAAGAAGAUUUUCCAGCAUGGGAAAGUUGUCGUCAAGGACUUAUUAAGAAGCAGCAGCAGAUUCCCAACCCAUCUGGAAAAUUUGAUGGUUUGAGCACUUUCAGAUCUCACUAUGUGCAACAUGAAUUGAUUCCAACAGAGAGUUGCAAACCUUUAAAUAUUGCUUUUAAGAGUUCUGUUCCAUUUGAUGAUGUAACUGUGUACUCUGUAGAGUACACACCGAAAAAACAGGAAAUUUGCCCAGCUAGCUAUCCCUUUCCUCCAGGUUAUAUUUUUGAAAAUACAAAUUCCCAAGUUCAUAAAUUCUUCUGCAAGAUUACUCCCACAGUGAAGGCCUUCUAA